AUAGACCCCGACCAUUCCACCGACGAUCUCCAGCGCCGAGUCCUCCAGAGCACCCUCGACGAGAUCUCGACCCGACAACAAGACUCGGCCGAUUGCUGCGUAAUCUGCCUCGAGGCCGUCAGCGAAGCUUGCGAGGCCCUUCCGUGCCGUCACCAUAACUUCGACUAUCUCUGUCUUCUCAGCUGGCUCGAGCAGUCGCCCAAAUGUCCCCUGUGCAAGGCGACUGUCGCCCAAGUCCGCCAUGCCCUCGACGAGCCAGUCGCCAAAGUCUACGACGUUCCUCAGCCUGCGCCUAGCCCCUCUCCGCAAAAUUCAAGAACGUACUCGUCUUCAAGGAACCACCUCCAUAGGCCUCACUGGCGACGCCCUUACCGCGACCGACCUCACAACACCACACACGAGAGCGUCUCUCGCGCAGUUACCCAGCGUCGCGAUGUAUACCGCCACAACCGCUACUCCAAACACGUGGGCUCAAACCGAGUCUCCCGAUACCGAGAGUUGACUCCCGCGCUCUUUCGUGAAGACGAGGAGCUGGUUUCACGCGCCCGGAUGUGGAUUCGCCGAGAACUACAAGUGUUUUCGUUCCUCAGCAUAGACGAAGCGCCUUCCACGACGGCCCACCCCGACACGAAUGCAAGAACCGCCCAGGUGCGGAGAAGAGCCAACAGCGCCGAGUUUCUCCUCGAGUACACCAUUGCCGUCUUAAAGUCUGUCGACAUCAUGGGGAGUGGGGGCCAGGCCGAAAAUAUGCUGGCGGAUUUCCUAGGGAGAGACAACACACGAUUAUUUCUGCAUGAGUUGCGCGCCUGGCUACGAAGCCCAUACACCAAGCUUGAAGAUUGGGAUCGGGCAGUGCAGUACGACGAUUCUGAGACCGCAAGGAGCAGCAGACCCGAGAUAGAAAGAGACGCAGCCACUGAGACAGGGUCCGUGGAGAGCGGACGUCAUGACGCACACUCCAGAGAUCGCCAGAGGAUGAAAGGAGAUUUCUACCGUCCCAGAAAUAGCCGGUCAGAGAGAGAGGGGCCUUCGUCCAGACACGAACCAUAUGGUCGGAGACGU